CAAAAUUUGAAGGAGAUUUCAAGAAACAAGCCAGCAGCUGGGCGGGUUCCUCUUUGGUUUAUACACAAUGGCGUCUAAUGCCAGCUUUGCGAAGUGGGCUGUUUUAAUGCUGCUGUUAGCUAGCUUUGGAGGGGCGGCAGCGUUCAGCGUUAGCUAUCUGCAGGGAUGCGACAAGUCCAACAACAUAACCCAGCUUUGGCUGAACAGCUCGCGCCUUAGUGGGCCUAUUCCCCCUGAGAUUGGCAAAUGCACGGCGCUGCAGUCUCUCAGCCUGCGCAGCAAUUUCAAUUUGAAUGGGUCCAUUCCCCCAGAGAUCGGCCAGCUGUCAAAUCUGGUAACACUGGAUUUGGGAAGCACCGGUCUCUCUGGGCCCAUCCCAAAGGAAGUUGGCGAUCUGGCUAGCCUCCAAACACUCAAUGUGGCUUCCAGCCCUUUCUCGGGACCCGUGCCAUGGGACGCCCUGUGCGGUUUACCAAACCUUUCUUCGCUCUGGUUGAACUUCACUUAUGUUGAGGGGCCCAUCUCAGCGGGUAUUGGCAAGUGUGCAGCACUACAAGGGCUCAGCUUGCGUGGCAGCUCUAAGGUGAACGGUUCCAUUCCCAAGGAGAUCGGCCAAUUGACCAACCUGACAAUUCUUGAUUUGGGUAGCACGAACCUGACUGGGCCUAUCCCGGGAGAGAUAGGCGGGCUCGUUAGUCUUGGCUUGCUAAAGCUGGGUAACAGUAACUUCACUGCCCCAGUGCCCUGGGAAAGCUUGUGCCAGAUGUCAAAGAUUACUUUCCUGGAUCUUGGCGGCAACUCAGAGCUCACUGGCCCAUCGCCCCCUCCCUGUUUUUGAAACUUGACCGGGUUGCAAAACCUGUUGUUAAGCAACAGCCCAGUCUUCAAUGGGACGGCGCUCCCUGUAGAGGUUUGCCAGUUGGUUAAGCUGCAAGUAGCGUAUAUGGGUUCCACUAACUUGACGGGUGUGAUUCCCGCUUGCGUGGGCAGCAUUUCUGGGCUCCAAGAGUUGGCCCUGUUUAGUAACGCUUUAGUUGGGGGGAUCCCUCCCGAGCUUGGGUUGCUGCGUAACCUCUCUCUUCUGAGGCUUCGAGACAACCAGCUGACAGGAAACCUCCCUGAAGGGCUCAAGGGGUUAUCUCAGCUAACCACAUUGGACCUCAAAAACAACAAUCUAAACGGCCCGCUGCCUGCUGAGGUGUUUGCGAACCUCCGUCAACUUGAAGAGUUGGACCUAUCCAACAACACUUUUACGGGGCCUAUUCCCACCGAGAUCGGCGCCAGCGGAGAAAACCUAACCGAGCUUGACCUAGCCCACAACAGCCUAAACGGAGUUAUCCCCCCCGGUCUCGGUAAUCUGGCCAACCUUACCCACCUUGACCUCAGUUACAACCGGCUGUCGGGGGCGCUUCCAGCUGAGCUGCGAGGCCUUCGACCGUCUAAACUGGAAGCAAUCUAUCUCUCCUUCAACAAUUUGACCGGUGACGUCGCUCCAAUCGGCCACCUUACCGGCCUGUCGGAUAUAACCCUCAACAACAACAACUUCAGCGGGCCUAUUCCCACUGGGUGGUUCAACAGUACCCAGCUCCAGGUUUCAAACCUCGCCUUCAACAGCUUCUCCGGACCCGUUCCCUUGGGGAUUCGCAACAUGGCACCCCCCGAUCUCAGUGCCGUGCUGGCUUUGUUCUUUGCCGGGGCGCCCGCCUUUGUGCUCAGCAUACUGGAGGAGGUUGCGGGGUCAAUCUUUAUCGGGCUCAAUUCCAACCGACUCUCCGGCAGCUUUCCGGACAUCGGACGGCCAAACUACACUGCAGCGAUCAACGUGUCCGACAACAAUUUUUCGGGGACGUUUCGUGCAGGGCCCUUCAAGAAGAAGAAUGUCACCGCGAGCUUCUUAGAGCUCAUCAAUAACGGCCCCCUGGACCUGAUUCCCGGGUACAACCUCAGCGGCUUGGAGCUGGUUUCCCUACCCAAUAUCUCCGGAACUGGUGCCCCCCUAAUUGCGCCCCAAAUGCGCGCGUUAAACGUAGCCGGCCGAGGGAUCCCCCCGACCGCCAAACUGGACCUGAGGCGAGUUCCUGCCACGUGCCCUUACGUCUCUUACGCCCAGCCUGAGGGUGGCGUCAUCACUGACAUCACUUUUUGGGACGCGUGCGAGAAAUCUUUCGGAUGCGUAGUGAACCUGAUCGGGACCCGGGCCAAGCUGAGCCGCGCGACCCGGGAGAAGAUCUGCCUCAGCAAGAUCUCGGUGUUUCUGGCGGGCGAUUCGCCGGGCGUCCGGUUCUCGGUGGGGGGACCGGGUUCCGCGUUUCUGAACAACAGUCAGGGCAGCGUUUACUUCAACGACUCUGCCUUUGUCGACCACCUCGAUUUGGGCCCCGGGGGCGUUGCUUACACCGGCGUCGGCUUUGCGCGCGUGCAAGAAGGGAACCUGUGCCGGAACGAGGGGGCCUCGGGAGUGGUGGGCAUAACCUAUGGCGUCUUCGCAGCGCUUAUCCUGGUCAGCGCAGCCGCGUGGUGGGCUGUCCGUGCGACAGGUGUCCUCCAAAAUAUGGGCGGCAAGCCGACGCGGCCGCGCCUCGCGGCCGCGUUUGGCGUGGGGGCCUACCUCUGGGGCAUCAUCAGCGUUUUCCUGGCCUGGGCCGAUCUCGUUUCGGACGUUUUGGUGGUUGUGGAGAUCUGGCGGGUUUGGUCUACCUGGGUUGUUCUAACCUCGAUCCUUGCACCGUUCGUGCUGAGUGCGUUGUGUGCUGGGCGCGUCCUUCUGGAGGACUCCAACCGCUGGUCGCCUUUCAAGGCUCGCCUCAAAUGGAUCCCUUUUUACAAGCUCCCCGAGCCGUCCGGUCCGCCGCCUCUGGGCGCCCUCCCUUGGUGGAAAUAUGGCCUUAUCCCGAUCACACUUCCCGCCACCUUUGCUUACGUCAUCGUUCUGGACUGCCUCGACCUGGUCGACAAAAUCGGCGGUCACCUGCGGUUCGGCUUCGACGUUUACUCCCUCCACCACUAUUCCCAGUUCCGGUCGCAACUGGACCUGGUAUUGCGGUCGGUACCGCAAGCGGUCUUCCAGACCGCGCUCUACCUGCUGGGCAGCUCGCGCGCCACGCGCAUUUACAUCGACGAGCAGAUUCUCCUGCGGUCUAUCCUGCUGUCGCUGCUGAACGUACUGGUACAGUUCAAUUUUCUCGUGCACGAGUGCCUCGUGACGCGCAUCCCGGUGUGGUUAAUCCUCCAGAGGCGCUUCGCCUCGCGCAACUGCCGCGCGACGCGCCUGCCCGAUGCGGCCGCGGGCGACGAGGAGGCCAACGACAAGCUUUCGGAGAAGGUCGGCGAGCUGUAGACUUCAGGGCUCAACCCGAGGCCCCGGCCGUUCGUUUGCAGUGAUUUAUACGUCAUAGCGGACAGAUUCAAAAGCAGCGAUAGUGCCUGAACGGAACGUUUAAGUGCCAGUGCACCCGGGGUGGAGACAAGCAACAAAAAAAGCUACAUAUAUAUAAAUGCAGACUAUGCUGACUGAAGGAAUUGCGUGCCGGAGAGGUCUCCUCACGAAUGCUGC